AUGGCUUUCGUGCAAAAAGGUCUCAAGAACAUUCUCCAGAAGAAUCCACAUGAUGUCGUCUUCCUCUCUGCCCUCCGAACUCCGGUAACAAGAGCCAAGAAGGGCGGUCUGCGUGAUGCAUAUGACCACGAACUCUUGGGAGCGGUCCUCAAAGCCACCAUCAACAAAUUCCCAAACCUUGACCCAGCGAAGAUAGAUGACGUUUGCGUGGGCACCGUGCUCGCCGAACUUGGUGGCUCCAAAGCCGGCCGCAUGGCCGCAAACCAUGUUGGCAUUCCUACGACAACUUCCUUCAGCACCGUAAACCGCGCCUGCGCAUCAGGUCUAUCUGCUAUAACGUCAAUCGCAAACUCCAUCGCUGUUGGCCAAAUCGACAUUGGCAUUGGAGGAGGUAUGGAGAGCAUGACGCGCAACUAUGGCAGCAGAGCUAUACCCACAGAACUCUGGCCAGAGAUGAAGGACAGCCCGGUAAAGGAUGCACGAGACUGCAUUAUGAGCAUGGGCAUUACAUCUGAGAAUGUGGCGAGUCGGUAUGGCGUCACUCGCGCUGACCAAGAUGCCUUCGCUGCGGAAUCGCAAAACAGGGCUGCGAAGGCGCAAGCGAACGGAUUGUUUGACGAUGAGAUCGUUCCAGUCACUACAAGGUGGAUUGAGCCCGAGGUGCCGGAAAACCAAAAGCAGGUGACUGUGACCAAGGAUGAUGGAAUUCGGCCAGGAACCACGGUGGAGAAAUUGGCGACUAUGAAGCCGGCAUUUGACAAGAACGGUACAAGCACAGCAGGCAACAGCAGUCAAGUUUCGGAUGGAGCAAGUGCAGCACUCAUGAUGCGCCGAUCGACAGCCACGGCUCUAGGUCUGGAAAAGCAAAUCAUUGGAAAGUGGGCUGGGACACAGGUUGUGGGUUGCACACCGGAUGAAAUGGGAGUUGGACCAGCUCUUGCUAUCCCCAAGCUCCUCGACUACACGGGCCUGCAGACAUCAGAUGUCAAUGUGUGGGAGAUCAACGAAGCUUUUGCGAGCCAAGCGCUGUACUGCAUAAGGAAGCUGGGACUUGAGAACAAGAUGGAUAAGAUCAAUCCUAAUGGAGGUGCCAUUGCACUAGGUCACCCACUGGGUGCGACAAGUGGCAGGAUGCUUGCCACGCUCCUACACGAGAUGGGCAGAAGUGGGGAGCAGGUGGGUGUGCUGAGCAAAUGUAUAGGCACGGGAAUGGGCAUGGCCAGCUUGAUUGUACGGGAGUAG